AUGAAAAUCUUUUCAGUGCUCCUUAUCUUGUUGUUUCAUACAACAAGAAUAUUUGCCUUCAAUGCAACAUAUGCUCUUUCUCCAUCACUUCAACAAUCUGUUCUGGACGAACAUAACAGACUAAGAGCCCUACAUGUAGACACUCCACCUUUAGUUUGGGAUGACGCUUUAGCAAGUUUUGCACAAGAUUGGGCUGCCAAAUACGACUGUUCAGGCAUUUUAACACAUUCACAAGAACCAUACGGUGAAAAUUUAGCAAUUGGCUACACAGCUAUUGAAGCCACAGAUGCAUGGUAUGAUGAAAUUCGAUUCUAUAAUUACUCUGACCCUCAAUACUCCGAAACUACUGGCCACUUUACCCAAAUGGUUUGGAAAGAUUCUAAUAAAUUAGGUUGUGCCCUUAGGAAUUGUUACAAUGCAUGGACAUUUUACUUUGUAUGUGAAUAUGAUCCUCCAGGGAAUUAUAUUGGCGAUUUUUCUUUCGAAGUUAUGCCUUUGAUCUCUAGUUUAUCCAGUUCUACAUCCAGUUCGUCUAUAACAAGUACAUCUAUUGCUACUUCUUCUACUUCUUAUGCAGAUGUGUCCCAAAUAGUAAGUAAUUCUUUGGUAACUAUACUCGAACCCUCUCCAUAUUCAUCAAAGCUAGUGUCUACGGGUGCUAUUUAUGCAAGUAAAAGUCCUGCUGAUGGGGGUGUCUCAAAACCACCUGAAUUAGCCGCAGAAUUUCAAUAUUCUUCCUUACAAUCAGGUACCGGCUCAACCAGUGUUAGUCAAACAAGUAUCUCUUCCAAUAACCCCACUUCAACUCCAGGUUUUGAUUCAACUGAUACCAAGCUAUUCAGUAAUUCUUUUGCAGGAUCGACUUUAUCUAGUGAAACGGUAUUAUCACAAACUUUAGGUGCGACUGCGACAUUGAAAAUAGAAAAAUCAACAAUUACAAGUUUAGUCGCUACAUCUCUCCAAACAGAUGUAACAAUUUUUUCAAGUUCUAGUACUUCGAGCAUUACUCAUAUAACGACAACUUUGGAACCAUUGUCUACUUCGCCAAUGCUUUUGGUUGAGAACGAAGUUACCUCAUGGUCCGCCCAAACUCCAACAUAUGCCAAUCAAUAUAGUCAUAGCCUGGCAGAUAUUAGUCGUCUACAACCAAGUGAGUCAGUCGUACAAUUUAUCAAUAGCCAGAACAUUAGUAACAAUUCAACAAUUGGAUUUUCUUCGUCUACGUCAGGUUUGGAUUGGUAUAACAAAACGGAAUCAAUGGGGGUUUCUAUUACCUCUUUCAAAAUGUUAAGUACGGGUGGAGUCAUGUUAAACAAUACUUACAAUAACACUACGAAUAGUACGCAAAACAGUUUAUUUCCUUCUAUCAGAGGUAGCAACAUUACAAGUAGUGAUAUUACCACCAGCAAUAUUUUAGCCAGUAACAUUACAUAUAGUAAUAUCACAUACAGUAAUAUCACACACAGUAAUAUCACACACAGUAAUAUCACACACAGUAAUAUCACAUACAGUAAUAUCACACACAGCAAUAUCACAUACAGUAAUAUCACACACAGUAAUAUCACAUAUAGUAAUAUCACACACAGUAAUAUUACACGGAGCAAUAUUACAUACAGUAAUAUCACAUUUAGUAAUAUUACAACCAGCAAUAUUACUCAUAGUAAUACCACUGCUUUAUUAUCCUCAAAUUUCUCUUCCACUGCGUCUAAAGCCAGUGAAGCUAGUGUGAUGACCGGUGUUAGUAUCAAUGUAACAACCUCAGGAACCAUCCAAACUCGAGAAUUAAAUGGCCAUUCGACUACAUCGAUCACAUCACGUACAAAAUCAGUGUCUAGUACAACUAAAAAUGUUAAUUCAAUUGCUAAUAAUCACAAUACAAUAGAAAAUAAUUCUAAGACUGCUAAAGCAAUUUCCAAAACAACAACUUCUUCGAAGUCGCAAGCUACAAAACCAAGUUCAAGUACAACAACUAUUGUAGUCAAAAGUAGUACAACUGCUGGUAAAAUAUUGACUAAGAAUGUAAGCAAAACAUAUAGUAAUGAUCCUAAGAUUACUGAAGGUUACACUGGAUUCCUAUCACAAACUAUAGCUACUAUCAGUACUUCUACAGAUGGUUCAAAUCAUUUAUCUUUUGAAAGCAAAGGUUUCUUAUGCGCCAUUAUCGUCCCUAUUCUUUUAUUUUAA